UUCAGUGUGAUUGUCAUUCCAGUAGCAGUAGAAACUUCCUGACCAUUUUAUUAUCAAUUUUCACGCCCAGAAUCCUUCUAGAUCUUACACCUGAGUGGCAGAAUCUCAUCACUGUAUUGUUUUGUAGCACCCUAAGCAUGUCCUACCUGUCGAAUUUCACCAACGAAACGGGAAAGUCAAUUCUAAUGGACGUCCUGAAGACUGUGAAUCUGGCUGAGAAUUCCCAGAGGAUUACAGAGGCAAAGGCUGUAGCCGGAAAGGAGAUGAUAGCUAUGAUGCAGCAUGUCUUCCCAAUUGUCAUGCAAAUCCAGAUCGAAGUGAUAAAAAAUUACGGAUUUGCAGGGAAUCGCGAAGGAUUGGUGCAGUUCUCUCAGCUCAUCCGGGAAAUUGAAGAUCCGGACAUAUCCAAGCUCCGUUCACAAAUCCGAUCAAUUUAUUUGCCUCCCAUUGCUAUCAACACGACUAAUGACAUUCUCAUCUAAUUUUAAAUGGGUCAAUUGCCCAGAGACUGGAAACUUUUUGUAGCAUCUUUUGAUACCAACCGGAAAUGUUUGCAAUAUUAAAAAAAAAGUAACUGCCAUUAAAUGUACACCAAAAUUCAUUUUGUAUUUAUCGAUUAAAACUUAUUCUUAAGUACAAA